AUGGAUGGUAAUAUUGAUAACACGCAGCAGCAAUUAUAUGACUUGAUCGCGGAUGUUACGCCGGUUAAAGACCAGUUGGAUAGGCCGUUUUGGAGACUUGAUUUGGUUUCGGGUUACACUUCAAAAAUAAACUACGAUAUGGUUGCUGGAAGUGUCUUUUUUGGGGAUACAAAUGAUGGAAUGGCGAAAGCUUUUAACGCUAUGUGGUCCACCGAUGUGUCGUAUAGCAUUAGAGCUUUCGUAUGGAAAUGCUUUCUUAAUAUGGUACCAACUAAAGAUCAACUCACUCGUCGUAGAAUUCCUUUGUCCACUUCUGACCUCAAUCGCGUCUUAUGUUCGGAGGUACAUGAAUCCUUAAACAAUCUUCUCUUUUUCUAUCCGAUUUUAGUAUUGGUGUGGAAAAAUAUGGCUUCUUGGAUUGGGUUGGUUCCGAAUUUUGAUCCUUGCACUUGGAGAAAAUUUACUUUAUGGGGAGAUUGCGUUAGGAAGACUAGAACAAGGAGGAGAAAUGAGGGAAUCAUUUGGGCGGCGGUGGUUCGGGGAAUUCAGAAUUUAAGAAACGACAUUAUCUUUAACGAAGGGAAAUGUAACGUGGAUGAUCUUAUUUGGAACGUUGAGUUGAUGGCUUGA